GUAGUAUGGUUGUGCAUGUUCCAUUUCGCCGGUGGUUGCAUGUGAGGCAUCGGAAUGCUGAAAUUCCACAUGGAGGGUUUUAUUGCCUUCUCCCCAUUCAAGGCCAAAGGGUGAUUGCUGCUGUCGCAACGUAUCCAUCUCCUGGGCACCUCAAGUAUAAAGCAUUUAGUCUUUUUGUGCGCGAGUACAGGGACAUAUUGGGUUUGGAUGAGAAUUUGGAAGGACUGUACGAGAUGAUUUAGUCAAAUGGUUGGAUGCUCUUGUGCAUAAUUCCUUCAUGCGAUAUAGCACUCCAGGUGUUGGACGAUGCUGGUAUAUUAAGCAUAUGUCCCAGCUUCACGUGUUUGCGCCAACUAUGCUAUUGCCCGACGGUUUACGCUCUUCUUUCGAAGGCAUCAGUAGGACUAUUUGGAUCUUGAUAAAACGCGAAUGUAAGGUUUGGCCUAUUCAAGUUGUGAAUGCUGUCAUGCAAAAGGGUUGGCAUGAGUUUCAUACAACUCAUGCUCUCACAACUAACUACAAGCUAAUUUUAGCGUGUGAGCGGAGGUGGAUUUUUAAUGCAAUAAUUCUUGAUCAAAAUGAUGUGGAAGUUUCAUAUGAUUGGACAAUGUUACUCAAUGAACAUUGGCGAACAUUCCAUGCUUUUGAAGGUAAUUUUAUAACCGCUUGUCUGCCAUCAACAAUCCAACAUAAUUUGCCACUUAUGAAGUCUGGCUAUUGGUGCAACCCACACACAAAUUAUCUGCGGGAAUUCCAAACUAGGCUUCAGCCUGUGCUUGAAGACCUGAAUUUACAGCUUAUUUCAGUUCAAAUGGGCAAUAGAACUUGGUCCAUAUCUGUUGAUAAUGCACAACUGAAUGCUGCUAUGUUUAACAUAGUCUUGGAUGCUUUGCAGCUUCAGCUUUAUGAUUAUGUGCUAAUCAUUAUGUUACCAAACCUCGACGUUAGAGAGUUGUCAUUCUGGAUUCUCCAAAUAAUAGAGAAAGGAUCUAUGACUGGUUUUAGUUUGGAAUUUACAUCUCCUGCUCUUGGAAUAUCAUGGCAGAAGCAAUGAAGAAUCCUUAGAUGACUAUGUUUCUUUUGACAAGUGUAG